CUUUCAAUCAUCGGCCUUCGUUUCUUAUUUACAGUAUCAUUGCUUGCAAUAAUUAAUGCUCACAAAUAUGAGAAUAAACAACUAUUGGUGACACCUUAAGUAAGGUCGGCCAUUAAUAGCCUGCUGCAUAUCAAACUAGUCAACUAGUAAAUAGUUAAACAAAUUAAAAGAGUUCUGUAGAAUUAAGCUCCUCUUUCUAGUAUAUAUAGGCACCAAUCAUUAUGACCUUUUCAUCUCCACUCUCCCGUCUUCAAAUCAUCCAUUACCAUUCUCUCUAAUGGGUUCUUUCAAGAGAAGAAGAUGCUACUCUUUUCUCGCUGUCAGCUUUGUCAUAUUUUCAUGUCUAUGUUUAGCAAAUGCCAAUGGCAUUCACAGAAAGAAAAGCAGCGUUGAGUACUCCAGAAAAGAACAGAGCAGUUGCAAUGUGUACCAAGGGAAUUGGGUGUCUGACAACUCUUACCCUCUCUACAAUUCAUCAACCUGUCCAUUCAUCCGCAAGGAAUUUGAUUGCCAGAAGUAUGGCCGUCCCGAUCACCUCUACCUUAAAUAUAGAUGGCAGCCAAGCAACUGUCACUUGCCAAGGUUUAAUGGACAACAUUUUUUGAAGAGAUUCAAGGGCAAGAAGAUCGCGUUUAUUGGCGACUCUGUAAGUCUUAAUCACUGGCAAUCACUAAUCUGCAUGCUUCAUGCCGCCACGCCUAAUUCCUCUAUAGUCAGACAAGAGUUGAAUAAAAGCAUUUCCGCUGUCACAUUCCAGGACUACAAUGUAUCCGUGAUGCUAUUUCAUUCCCUAUACUUAGUAGACAUUGACGAGGAAAAAAUUGGCAGAGUUCUGAAGCUGAAUUCUAUUAGAAAUGGCGAUCUAUGGAAUAACAUUGAUGUUUUAGUUUUCAAUACUUGGCUAUGGUGGUACCGCAGAGGACCGAAGCAACAAUGGGAUUAUGUGCAAGUUGAUGGAAAGAUUCUUAAGGACAUUGAUCGCAUGACUGCUUUUCGCACAGCUUUGACAACAUGGGCCCAAUGGGUUGAUUCAGAUGUGGAUACUAACAUAACUAAAGUAAUUUUUCAAGGAAUUUCUCCUUCCCACUACAAUGGCACGGAUUGGAAUCAGCCAGGAGUGAGAAAUUGCUUAAGGGAAAUGAUUCCAUUUAAUGGAUCAGUUUAUCCAAUUGGUUUGCCUGAGGCAGCAUAUGUGGUUAAGGAGGUCAUAAGUAGCAUCAAGAAACCUGUUCAUUUGCUAGAUAUUACAGCACUCUCCCAAUUAAGAAAAGAUGCACAUCCGAGCUCUUACAAUGGCUUCAAGGGCAUGGAUUGCACCCACUGGUGCGUCGCAGGCCUUCCUGAUACAUGGAAUGAACUUUUGUAUGCAGCUCUCAUCAGUUAGCAGAGAAAACAAAGAUGAAAGUACAAAUUUGGUUCAGGUAGCAAGCAAUCGUCAAAAGCCAACCGACAUAGAUUUAGUCUCCUUACAUGUGACAGAUUUAAUGGCAUUUGGUAUUGUUGUUGUGCUAAUUUAUUCUAGGUGAACGUAUAAAACUAAAUCCAAUCAUUUUUUUAUCUAAAUUAUUUAUUUUUCUAUUUACUACAAAAAGAUCAUAAGACUAUACAUUGAAAUAUGUAAUAAAUCUGUAAUUUCCUUCUAAAAUUCCUA